AAUUAAGGUAACCCAGAGUGGAUAAUCGAUGAUAUUGUAAUCCAGAGUGGAUAAUCAGGUAGCUGAAUUUCCUGUAUUCAUACUAGCAAGUACAGGGAAACUAAUUAAAUGCAGAUGUUUAGUUGUCAUGUGCAUCAGAGAAAACACAUUUAUGCAGAUUAGACAUUUGAUGAAAGAUAGAAGCGUAACCAUUCAACGUAUAAUAAAAUACAGUAAUUGAGUGGCUGAGAAGAGGCUUAUAUUAUUAUCAGGAGACAUCUUUGGGCUGCAUGUUUUGAGAUAACCCAAAGCUGAACUUGAUCGCGUGGUUUUGCUUCCAAAUCAUGUGAACAAGUUAGUCACCAAUGAAGUGAUAUGUCUUCAUCUUGAAGCUAUAAAACUUGCCCGUUCUCUCAACACUUUUUCAAACCAAGUAAACAUACUGCUAAAUUUCUCAAACUCAUCUUUUAUCUCAUAUUUGGAAAAAUUCUCUCCUUUGCACUCUUAAAUCAAAACUCAAUAUGAUUAGCACAAAGAAGCUUCUCAAGAUGGCAAGAAAAUGGCAAAAGAUAGCAGCUGCUAGCAGGAAGAGGAUCUCUUGGCCACGACCAGUUGCUGAUAAGGGCCACUUUGUCGUCUACACAACUGAUGGAAGACGAUUCAUAAUCCCUUUGGCUUAUCUCAAGAAUGAGAUUUUCAUAGAGCUCUUCAGAAUAGCAGAAGAAGAGUUUGGUUUAACAAGUACGGGGCCAAUCACACUUCCCUGUGAUUCAAGUUUCAUGGAAUACACAAUAUCUAUUAUCCAAAGACGUGUAGCUGAGGACUUGGGAAAGGCAUUGAUCAUGUCGUUAGCCAGCUGCAGAUAUUCGUCUGUGACCCAUGAAUAUCAAGAUCAAACAAAUUCACAAGUUUUGAUUUCUAGUUUCUAGAAUAUAAUGUUCUCUCCUUUUGUAUAGAAUUGAACCUUACAUAGAGUAUAUAGUUUAACUCAGAAACUUAAUGAGAUCAAAAUUCAGAUUCAAAUCAAACAUUUUACCCAUUGCAUGAAUGCGCCGUUCAAACUUAAGUCUUCUUAGCACGGAAAUACAGGCUACAAUUUCAUAUAUUUUUAUUUGUUUUGAUCUAUUUUAAAAGGUCUAACAGUCAUACUUGAUAUCCAAUCGAAUAAUUGAUGGAUAAAUUAACUUUUACCGGAUUGAAUAGCUUGAGUAAUAAAGGUGAAUAUAUAUGGUCUACCGACAGGGUUGAUGGAUAACAUAACUAUUAACUAUUGCAUGAUAUAUUUGCUUAGUGCAAAAGUGAUGGAUAACCUUCCAUAUGCGUUUGUUUCAUAUUGAACCCUACAUACAACCAAGCAACCACAAAUGCUGUUAUUCUAUCUGGAUUCUGGCCAUACAUAUAUGAUUCCUUUCUGCCAGUUACUAUCAUUACUAAUUUACUAUGUGUCCCAUAUUACGUUGCACAGUUCAUUUUUUUUCAAUCUAACUUUUUCAAAAAAAUCUUCACUGUUUUCAUAGCUGACGAAAAUCUUAUUCUAUGUUAUUGUCCAAUUCAAUUUCCUAGGCGCCGGAAAUUCCAUUGUAGUUUGAAAUGCAAACAGAUCAGAUGAAAAGAAAAUAUUAAGAACAGACGGGUUAUCAUUCAGCUUUUUUGCUUGUGUUUUUGUCAAAAUACCAUGAGAGUUGAGAAUUUUUCCCGUUCUUGGACAUUUAGGUCAUUGCAUAGGAAACUGCAUGCCACAAAUAUAUUGUGCUACAAAUUGACACCAUUAGAUACCGGUCAGUAGGUUUGUAGUACGUAUUAAGGGAUAAGUUCCUCUUUUUUUCCCCCUUUCAGGAAAGGUUGAUUAUAUGCAGUUUAUACCAUAAAUCAUGGAAAGAUAAAGAAGGGUGUAAUGUUAAAUGACAAGAUCAUCUGAUUUGAACUUCCGCAAGAAAUUUCAUUAACUUUCUCUUUGUAAAAUUGUACAUCUAUAUGUUUCCUACUAAAAAACAGAAAGAAUUUCUAAAAACUGCAGAUAAAUGGUUGUUGAUUGGGUUGUUCUUGAAGGUCAUUAGAAAAUGAUGAGUAUCUACAGGUGGUUAAAGACAUGAUCAGUGCCUUCUCCAAGUCCUUAGCGACAUGUCUUUGGAUCACGGAGAUUGUGUAUUCCAUGAAGCUCGAAUCACAAGGCAGUGUAAUUGGCCCUGAACUUUCUACUCCAAACUCUUCCUCAGCCAUUCUAAAGAGCUCUGUGAAAAUUUCGCUUUUGAGGUAUGUCAAAGGAAUCAUGAACCGUCUUUUAUCACUCGUGUAAAUAACAAAGUGACCUUUCUCAGCCAAUGAUUUUGACCAAGAAACUCUUCUUCUGCUGGCAGCUGCUAUUCUUUGCCAUUUCCUUGCCAUUUUGAUAAGCUUCUUUGUACUGAUCAUUUUGUGGGUUUCAGAUAGAGAACCAAUUAAAUAAAUUUUGAAGAUGAGAGAGUAGAUUCCAAUGUAGGUAAUGAGUAAUUUAGGAGUACUUGGUUGUGGAAUCUUUGGUGAAUGAUCAAGUUUUAUAGCUCCAAUCCAAAGACAUAUCACUUCGACGUGGGACUGCCUCUUUUUCACUCUUUGGGAGCAAGUUCAUGUGGAUAUUCAGGCUGCCUGUCUGAUUUAAAGAUCAUAUCGACUUAACAUGUCGUUUGAUAAUUGAUACAAACCUCUUAACAGCCACUUAAUUUGAUUAUUGUGUAGAAUCCGUGCUAACAUACUGCCAAGCACACACCAACUAAUAAAUACAGAUGUUUCAGUUGCCAUGCCCAUCAGAGAACACUGCAUUUACUGAUUUACACAGAUUACAUAGUAGAUGAACCUAGGGAAUAACCAUUACACUUGUGUAAUAAUCUGAUUGAGUGGCUGAGAAGAGGUUUAUAUUAAUUAUCAACAGACAUAUUUGAGAUACAUGUUUUGGAAUCAUUUAAAGUAACAUAAUCUUGAUCACAUGGUUUUGCUUCCAAAUCAUGUGAACAUGUUAGUCACCAAUGAAGUGAUAUGUCUUCAUGUUGAAGCUAUAAAACUUGCCUGUUCUCUCAACACUUUCCAACCAAGUAAACAUACUCCUAAAUUCCUCAAACUCAUCUAUUAUCUUAUCUUUCGAAAAAUUCUCUCCUUACACUCUUAAAAGUAAAAAAAGCUCAACAUGAU